AUGGAGUCCAUAAGGAUCCUAAAUAAUGCUUUUUACAGGUUCUCACAAGCUUCUGGUUUGCAGGCAAAUGCAAGUAAAAGUGCUAUCUAUAUGGCUGGGAUAGAUCAAAAGACUAGAGAGGAAAUCCUACAAACAUUGGGAUUCAGUGAAGGCAAAUUACCUUUCAAAUACUUGGGCAUCCCAUUAGACUUAAAAAAGUUAACUAUUGCUCAAUACUUGCCACUGGUGGAAAAGAUAACAACAAAAAAUACUUGCUGGUCAGCAAAGUUUCUCUCCUAUGCAGGAAGGUGUCAACUUAUAAAGGCAGUUAUCUUUGGAAUACAGACAUACUGGGCACAUGUAUUCAUCAUCCCAAAGAAGGUUCUGAAAUUGAUAGAAGCCAUAUGCAGAACAUUCCUAUGGACAGGUAAUGCAACUAUCUCAAAGAAGGCAUUAGUAGCUUGGGAAAAUGUAUGUAAACCAGUGGCAGCUGGGGGACUCAAUUUAAUAGACAUAAAGUCAUGGAACAAAGCAACUAUUACUAAGCACUUAUGGGAUCUAACUAGAAAGAAGGAUUGUUUGUGGAUUCGUUGGGUUCACAGCUACUAUAUAAAGAAGAGAGACCCGGACACAAUGCCUAUCCCUAAGGCAGCAGUCUGGAGGUACCUGAAGAUGAUACCAGACUGUUGCAAAGUGGAAUGGAAGGGCUUAAUGUUGCACACAAGUAUACAUCCAAGAUACAGAUUCAUCUUGUGGCUUGCAGUACAAAAGAGGCUGGCAACAGUUGAUAGAUUGCUGAAAAUUGGUAUCCAAGUACCAGCAGACUGUAUUUUUUGUAAGAAUGGAUCAGAAACCUUCAACCAUUUAUUUUUCAAGUGUCCAAUUACAAACAGGUUGUGGGCUAAACUAUGCCAUUGGCUGGGACAUAAAAGGAGCAUAGGUGACUGGGAAUGUGAGCUGGAAUGGAUAAACAAGAAAGCAAAGAGCAGAGCAGGUAUCAAUAGCAUAACAUGCUGUGUGUUUGCCAUGACAGUUGCAAUGAUAUGGAGAGAAAGGAACAAAGGUAGAUUUGAGGAUGGCAAGUAUGAUGAAUAUCAAAUCUGCAAAGAAAUAAUCCUGCAUAUUCAUGUUCGAGAGCAGAAUAACAAGAAAUGGAGAGGACUGAUGCAGCAAUUGGACCGGAUUCCAUGA